UUAUUUCAUGGUUUUUUAUUUAAACAAUUUUUUUUAGAAAUAUGUAAAGAAAUUAAACCACGAACUGGAAUUUGGCUGAAUGAUAAAUACACAUUUAUUCGAAAUCGUCGAGGCGGUAUGAAUUUAAUAUACAAAGGUUUUCUUUAUACAGCUGAACGUAAAUAUAAUUCCACUAUAAAUUGGAUUUGUAAUAAAAACAGCAAUACAUCUUUAAGAUGUCCAGCUAGAUGUGUAACCGCUGGUGAAAAUUCCAUAAAAUUUGGCCAUAAAAGACAUAAUCAUGAGGCGGUUACUGCUGUUAAACCAAAAAGACAAAUGAUUUAAACAAAAUAAACUAUUGUAUAAAUAAUUUUAAAUUUAUAUUAAACAAUGAUCUCUUUUAUAUAAAAUUUUAACAAAAAAAUCAAAAUUGUUUUUUGUAUUAUAAAAAAAAACAUUUUCUUUAAAUUAUAAAAUUUACUUG